GCCGCCGCCAUUGGUCUGCGGCGCGGCCCCAAGGGGAGGCGGUCUGUCCGGAGUCUGCCCUCGCGGCGCGGGCCUCCCGUCCGUCUGUGUUAGCCGCUGUGGGGCCGCGGGGUGGCUGCUGCCCGCCCGCUCGCUAAAACGCAGCGCCCAGCUUAUUGCCUGCGCUGCGGCGGGCGGGCAGCGCCUCAUCCGGAUUGGGAAAUUUGGGAACCGCGGGCACGUUCGCGGAGCCCGUUUCCAAAUUUCCUGUUUCUUCGCAUCCAGGUAACUUGUGCUGCUUGGGGGCUUGGGCGGCCUGCCACAGGAAAUCACACAGUUUCAAGUGCCAGAUGUUGUUCCCCAGGCGGGCAGGGUGACGGCGCGGCUGCGACCACAGCCUGCAGCGUGGCGAGCACAGCGCGAGGCGCUAGCGCUUCUCCUUAAAUGUCCUGUAGCAUGGCUGUUGAAGAGGACUUUUUUUUGGAAGAAAAAAGAUUCAAGCAGUACUGUGAAGAAUUUGUUAAACAUUCACAGCAAAUAGGGGAUGGCUGGGAGUGGAGAACUACCAAGGACCUUGGUGAUGGCUAUCUCAGUAAAACGCAUUUCCAGGUAACAAAUAAAAGCAUCUCACCAGAUCUCAAGAAGGAAAACGGUAGCACUGAACAAACGUUGCUUACGCAUGUCGAAGAAUCUUCGGAUGAUUCUCAAGUAGCUGGAGUCUGUGCAACAGAAGAAGUAAUUCGCUAUGAAUAUCAUGUCUUGUAUUCCAGCAGCUACCAAGUACCUGUGCUUUAUUUCAGGGCUUGCUUUUUAGAUGGAAGACCUUUAACGCUGGAUGAAAUAUGGAAAAGUGUUCAUGUGUGCUACCAGGCUCGUCUGCAGGAAGGGCCAUGGGACACUAUUACACAGCAGGAGCACCCCUUACUUGGACAGCCAUUUUUUGUUCUACACCCCUGCCGGACUAAUGAGUUCAUGUGCUCUAUACUAGCUGGUUCACAAAAAGACAACAGACACAGAAAUUACAUUGUAUUGUGGCUAAGUACAGUAGGCCCAGUUGUGGGUCUAACUCUACCCUUGAGUUACGCAAAGCUAGAACCUGAAGAGAAUACAAAUGCUGAAAUUGAUUGAAAUUUUAUUGAAAGACCCCUGAGCUUGAAGACAGGUGAUACAGCUAUGUAGUAAAGCUACUGCAGACUUUUCUAGAGAAGAAACAAACACAGACUGAAGGAAUUCUAUGUGGUUGGUAAGCAGUACAACACUGGAAGAUGACUGUUCAUGGCUCUUCGUUUGGCAAGCACUUGCCUAGUCACAGCUGAAGCCUUAAGAAUUGGCUGCAGUUGUGAUGGCAACUCCCAAACACCACCAAUACUUGUUCUCCCUUGUGACAGCAUUGACCCUCUGAAGUCGCUCAUUUUCCUCCUCUGCUUUACCAUGGUUGUGGCCUUAAUAGGGCUUCACACAAAUGCACAAACCUGCGGUUCUUGGAUACAGAGUUGAAAUGCUGUGUUUGAGUCUACCUGCUUUCACAUUUCUAGUGCACAGUGUGUGAGAAUAUGUACAGAAAGGAAUUGCAGAAUGUGGUUUAAGAUGGUAGCAAUCAAUGUAUGGGACUACACUGCCUAGGGACCACCUUCUCCAACAUAGCCUGAUACAUUGUCCCUCAUAUUCCACAUUACACAUGUAAAAUAUCCAAAUCCCAGGGCUGGAUAAAACUUUUCUAAGAAGAUAUUCUGUAUGUCAUGCUUAGGAAAGCAAACUGGAUCAGGAUUCUGUGAACAGAGAGUGUUUAUAUUGUUACUAAGCAGGUAUGGUUCUAGAAUUCAAGGUGCCUAAUGCUAUCCUGUGAGAACAUCAGGCUUUUACCUGCCUCAGUGCCUCUGAAAGAAGCUUUGCCAUACCCUAAGGGAGUAACUGUUGUAGUCAAUUAGUAUUUAUCAUUGUACUAGUAGUUGUUUACGUUUAGUCCCUAUCCUGCAGUCUUUGCACAAGCAUCCCCUGACAGCUGUUGAAGUUUGAGCAAGUAGGAAUCACAUAGUAGCGCAGUCAGUGAGAAACAGACGUAACUUCUGUACAAGCCAUCUUGGAUUCCUUCCCAAUCACAUUUAUGUGUAAUAUAAAACAGACCACUAGUCCUAAGCAGGAUGGAAUUGAAAAUUUUACUUUUUAUGUUCAGCAGUAUCUAACGUAUGCCACAUCAGAGCUGAAAAUGUAAGAUACAGCAGUUCUCAAAUUGUUUUUUUUUUUCUUGAUAUUGUGAUUGGUUGCAUAUUUUAAACUUGCAUCGUAUGUUUGAAAUAAGACCUUUGAAAUUUCAUUGGUGCAGUAUUGUUUUGCAAACCCUUUGAAUUUAAUAAUAAAACCACCUCAUUUAUCCUA